AUGAGCAAGGAUUAUUUUGCUGGGAUUGGAUCAAAUGUAGCACCUGGAAGAGAAUUUUGUUGUCAACGCUGCGGAAAUUCAUAUGUUAAUAAGACAUCUUUGCUUAGGCAUUUGAAAUAUGAAUGUGGAAUUCAGAGGAUGUUCAAAUGUUCAUAUUGCAAUACUGCAACUUUUAGGCAUAAACAUCAUCUAAAAACUCACAUGGAACGUAAACAUCCUGGUCAAGAUGUCUUCCCGAAAACUGAAGUUGACGAUUUAUCCGACGAAAAUCCCGACGACGAUGAAGAAAAGCCAUGCGACUUGCGAGUUUUUCUAUCAAGUGCCCAAUCUCAAGGGCAAUCAUCAGGUGUGUUCCGUUCACCUUCUUCCGGCACCGGACUUUUGUCCCAACCUUCGACCUCCCAGCAGACGGUCGUUGUUCCGGGAGGUGCAUUUACCUGCCGCCGUUGCGACUUCAAAAAUAUAUGGUCUUUGGCAACAGGCGGUGAUCUUCUGAAGCAGACCACAUCAUCCGACUUCGCCUGUCCUAUGCCUGGUUGCAGUCGCAGGUACCUCAACAAGCACUCGCUCCGAAGACACAUGAAAUACGAGUGUGCUGAUAGGAAGCAGCACGUUUGUCCAUUAUGUCAAAGAAGAUUUUCACAUGGGUUUGUAGCCGUUAGACAUCUGGUUCUAGUCCAUAAGUUUGAUAAGCAAAAUGCCUCUAUGAUGAUGAUGCCUAGGGCUCCUGAAUUGUAUUGA